GUGAAAGUGUCUGGACUGGAAUGGGGGAAAAGUGUCUGGACUGGAAGGGGGGAAAAGUGUCUGGACUGGAAGGGGGGAAAAGUGUCUGGACUGGAAUGGGGCAAAAGUGUCUGGACUGGAAUGGGGCAAAAGUGUCCGGACUGGAAGGGGGUGAAAGUGUCCGGACUGGAAGGGGGGGGAAGUGUCCGGACUGGAAGGGGGUGAAAGUGUCCGGACUGGAAGGGGGUGAAAGUGUCCGGACUGGAAGGGGGGGAAAGUGUCCGGACUGGAAG